AGUAACCAAAAUAACAACACAGAAGACGGAAAUACUACGCAACACAAGAUCAUGCUCAAAAUGAUUUUAUAUGUAAAGUUUUUUUGCAAUGAGUAGAAGCUUUCAACAUGGGACGAAACAAUAUCAAUCUAGUAUGUCUUAUGCUGCUGUUAUUAUUUAAUGAUGUCUCAACAACACGGCAUGAUGUCAACAAAGCUUUGAAUGUAAUUUACAGAACAUACCCUGAUUACAUACCAAAUCUUCUUUCAUACUUGAAUCGCACAGGACAGGCGAACAAUCUAGAUGACGUUCUAUACAAAGGCAAUGUGCUAGAGAUAAAGAAGCAUGGAGAGAAAUAUACUAAAUUACUUCUUGAAAAUGUAUAUGGAGUAAGUUAUCGAGAUGGAAAAUUUGAGUCUACUGAAACUCCUAGCACAAUUGUUUACCCAUGCACAGUUACUCGUCACUGCCCUGGAGAUCCCCGAUUUUGUGAGUAUCAGGAAGGAGAUUCUAACAUCAUCAUUGUAUCAACACACGGUGGUAAGUUAAAACCUAAGAGCAUCACUGAUAGGGACGCUGGAUGUCUGAUCGAUGGCGAGUGUGUAUAUAACCAAAAAUGUGAUCAAAAGAAAGGAGUCACAAAGGAUUUUAAGCGCUGCUCUGUAAACAAACACAGUGACAAAUUCAGUAGAAAGAUUUCACUGCAGCUUGCAGAUUUACUGGAAGAUAUCUCAGGAAAACGUCCCCAUUUGAUCUUGAGCAAUCUCCAUCGAAUCAAGAUGGAUGCUUCGACGAGUAAGGAACAUGGCUCAUUUUCCGACUUUGAAAGCAAAAGAUCCUGGGAACAAAUUCAUAAAUUCAUUAAAGACGCAAAGGUUAGUCUUCACGGUAAACGCGGAUUGCUUAUUCACGUUCGUGGCACUAGAAAUGAAGAUGGUUUAAACAUGAUUGGGUAUGGGUUAGAAGCAAAGGAUUUGAGAAUUAAAGAAAGUCAAUCCUGGACGAAUUCAUCUAUUCAGCAUUUAGCUGAUUUAUCAAAUCAACCCAUCAAAAAAUUUCUGUUUGGCGAGAAAAGUUUGGGUGGACUACUAGAAGAAGAGGGUUACCCUACCACCCCAUCACCAGAGCACGAUACACCGGGUGAGAAUUAUCUCUCUGGUGACUAUAUCAUAGAUCAAUAUGGCUCAAAACAAAGCCCAGACAAGGAGAAGGAAGAUAACAUUGAUGCAAUACAAAUUGCUGUUCAUGAGAAGUUUACCACAAACGAGAAAAAAUUAAGAAAUUUCGUAAAAGUAUUGGCAAGGGUCAUCACCAAGUUUGUUGAUGUCGAUAGAAAAAAUUAAAACUCGGGCAGAAAUAUCCUUAAUGAAGCAUUUCUCUGCUUUUUAGACAUGCAGAAUUACAGGUUUUCUAGAAAGUCUAUAAGUCGAUGUUUUUUUACUUAAAACUUGAAUAUUUUAUCCUGUGCCACUCAUAAACCAAAUCUUUUUUAUUUAAAUAAUAUUUAAAAGCAAGAACUAUUAGUUUGUAAAGUUUCAACUGGUAAUCUUUCCAAGCAACCUUGUUGUUGAAUUUGGAAUUUUUGUUCCAUUUCCUUUUUGAAAAAGUCCUAUCCUAAAAAACUCACUAUUUUAAACGCAAUUUUCAAACAAUUGGUUCACCCCUGUUAAGAUAAGAUCAAAAUAUUUGCAAUUUUUUCCCCAUUUUCAAUUUCUUACGCAGACUCAACUGUGACUUUAAUUAACUUGACAUGAAUAAGUCUAUAAAGUACCAUAAAAUGACAAAACACCAACAAAAAUGUACCUUACCAUUCCCAGAUAUUUAUUUUUUCAGAUUGUAAUUUUUUUAUUGUAAGGUUUCCUAAAAAUUACAUUAACGCGUGAGGGUUUAAUUCCUUCAGCACUGGUACGUAUCAACUGACGAAAUGAUUUCUUCCUGAGACACAAAUUUGUCUGUGUAAAAACGAAAGAAAGUAGAGUACUCUGCAUUGACAAUGUAACUUAACGUUAAUCCUAUUUGGUGGGGGUGAUGAAGGGAAAUUUUUGAAACUUGGUUAUUAUCAAUAUUCUUAUGACUGACACUUCUACAAGAAUUUUGCCACAUUUUGGCAUGGUUAAUGUGGCUCAAUUAAA